GAAACGGCAGAACCAUCAGCUGGGACGGUUGCUGCUGCUGCACCGUCGGCAGUAGUAGACGAGGGAUUCAAAGCAAUGACCGAAGCGCAGGCCAACGAGUACCUCCGGAAUCGACUGUGGCAGAAGGCAAAAGACAUCUACGACACCAUCGUUGAAACGUCCGGAACCGAUCAACCAUCAACCGGACGUCGGCCCUCGAAGGAGCAAGUAAUUGCGUGCCUGUACGGACGCACCGAAUGCUGUCUGGAGCUGCAACAGUACGAUCAGGUUACGCAGGACUGUCACCGGUUGCUGAAACUGCUAGCCCUAGCCGAGACCGCCAACAGUAACGGGACUGCUCCGGCAUCAUCCACCGAAUCUCCCAGUCCAACACCAUCCUCUUCAUCUACCGGCUCCACAUCAUCCUCGUCCACCGGUAAGGGUGGCACAAAGUCGACCACCAAUGGAGCAUCCACCCUCGUCACCGGUACCAGCAGUACCGAAUCAAAGGUCCGGAAAAGGCUCAUACACUCGCUGUGCAAGCAGCAAAAGUUUGCCGAAGCGGAAGUGAUCCUGCAGGAAUGGGCCGCCGGACCGGGCGCAAGUAAUCAGGACAUUGGGCGCUAUCUGGAGCGUUUGAAGGUGUUGCUGUUGCAAAUGGCCACCUCAUCGUCCGGUGGUUCGUCCCCGAGCGGUCCCGGUGGUGACGGUCCUGGUGGUGGAGAAGCGAUCGUGGAACCGGCCACCACCACCACUUCGUCAAGCUCGUCAACCGUUUCUUCGCUUUCGUCGCUGAAUGACGAGUAUGAACAGAUCGAGACGAAGCUGGAUAAGCUUAUUCUGAAUAAUUUACCGCCCGAUCGCUACACGAAACAGCUGGGAAGGAUAGAGAGUCAGCUGAAGGUGGGAAACGGGGAUACUGGGGCGGAGGGCGGUUUGACGACCGAACUCGAUCAGCAGGGUGAGACUGAGAAGCGUAAGGAGGUGGUGGAUUCGGAGGUGUGCGUUACAUCGACGGGCGGUAAACCUUCGACAGCAACACACAGCAGUAGUAGUAGCAGCAGCAGCAGCAGCAGCAGUAGUAGUAGCAGCAGCAGCAACAGUGAUAGCAAAGCUAGUGAUAGUAACUGUAAUUUAUUCAAUGAAGCAAACAGUGAUAAAGGGGAGGAUAAAAAAGGAUCAACCACUACUUCGGAUCGAGCCACCGCAGUGGCUUCAGCAACGGUGGGUGGAUCGAGCGGAUCUCGCACUCCAGCAGCAGCUGGUACGGCUACUUCCGGUGUUGGCAACAAAUUGAAUAGCAACAACCAUCAUCCGAUGGAGAAACACGGCAAAUCGGCAGCAGUUGGCAACAAAGGCAUCCCGAUGGACAAACUGAACAGUAUUACCUGUGUCUAUUGUACGCUAUCGUUUGCCGAUCGGGCGGAACUGCGUGCCCACUGUCAAACCGAAACCCACCAGAACAUCAUAAUGUCGGAUGAAGGGCGCGACUGGAAAUGGCGUCCGCCGCCGCGUGGUUUCGUCGCCGAAUCGUACACGGUGUGCGAAAAGUUUCAGGAUAAUCAAAACUGUCACUACGGCAACCAGUGCGUAGAGGCGCACGGUGUCGACGAGCUGAACGAGUGGAAGGAGCGGUUCGAGUAUCGGAAGAAGAAGUUGCAGCGUGCGCGCGACAAGGAACUGUACGGCAAAAGCUACACCGAACAGCUGCUAGAGCGGUGGGUCCAGGCACCUAGCCCGGAGAAGGUGAUGCGAGAACGGGUGGAAGGUGUGGAGGAUAGCUGUUCACACGAUCUCGUCACGACCAUCUCGUCGAAGGUGAGCAAACGCGAAUGGUCGUUCGUGCUGAAGUCGAAACGCUAUCUGAAGGCGGUAGCACUGCUCCAGGACGCCCAUCGGAACCAUUUUGUGCUGAAGCAGGUAUGCCCGGGUGAACCAAGAACGCCCGGUAGCAGCACUAAAAAGGGCCUCAUAAACGUUGGCAAGAGCGGUCCAUCGACUGAGGUGGAGCUCAACUCGGAGCAGGAAUGGAUUGCUCCGGUGGGUUCGAGCUCGGAAAAGGGUGAAACAGCCGCUACCAUGCUAGAGCACCGUGUGAAGGUUGGCUUUAGUACGGAAAUUUACGGUACCUUCCGGCAGACGGUGGUGUUUGACUUUGGUCGUGAGCCAGUGCUGGUAAAACACAUCUGCGUCGAUGUUGUGCCGGUGACGGAGGUCGACAAGAUACAGGAGAUUAAGAAGGACAUCGUAAUGUCGACGGCAGAACGGUGGGAUGAGACAAAUUCGGAGAUAUUCGAAUUUACAACGGCACCGAUACCGCACAUGCACACCCCAGCCUAUACGGCCGAUGCAGAACGGGAAAAGGAUCUGCUCGUGCGCUAUCCACUUCCGAAAGCUUCUACCUUUGUGCUGACGCAGUCAACCAUAACGGAGAAGAAGCUAACGCGUAACAACUAUCGCAACCGUAUCCAUGAGCUGCUGUACGUGGAGGAGAUUGCUAGGUACGAACAGAUCGCCCGAUACAACCUAACCACGCGCCUAUCGAUCGUCACAAACUAUUUGCUGACACCGAGCGGUAUGGCGACCAGUACGGCCAAGUACUCGCAUUCGGGCGAAUUGUUUGCAUUGAUGAAGCUCGGGAAGGACGUGUCGGAGGAUACGUCCGCUGGACGGCUUAUAUUGAACAACUGCCAGGCGGUGUACAUUGCAGCGGGUCGCGAAACGAUACCGGCCGGCGAAAAGCGUAAAGUGUACGAAGCGGUAAUUGAAGAUAAGGGCAAAAACAUGAUCUACCUGAAGCUGUCAGCGAAAGCGGUAACGGGCCUGGGACUAAAGCCAGACACCGAAUUUCUCUCCGACAUACAGUUCCAACCGAACCGGUUGACGUACUGCGAGUGGCAUCAGGCAAUUGACAAGAUUGCCGACUUUCGUAUCAUCUUUCCGGAGAUUUUCCUCGAACCGAGCAUCCCAUGGACGCCGCAACGUCAGUGGGAUGCAUCGCUCGAUCCGAAGCUUAAUUCGAAGCAGAAGGAAGCGGUGGUGGCAAUUACGACGCCGGUUAGUGUGCCGUUGCCACCGAUCCUGUUGAUUGGGCCGUUCGGUACGGGCAAGACGUACACUUUGGCGCAGGCAAUUAAGCAGCUGCUGCUGCAGGAAGGGACGAAAAUACUGAUCUGUACGCACUCAAAUUCUGCCGCGGAUCUGUACAUCAAGGACUAUCUGCAUCUGUGGGUGGAGGAAGGCAUGACGGAAGCGCGGCCGCUGCGUGUGUACUACCACAAGCGUUGGGUCGCAACGGUUAACAGUAUCGUACAGAAGUACUGCCUGGUGGAUUUGAACAUCAAUAUGCGCAACUUUCGCCGCCCAACGGUAAAAGACAUCAUGAAGCACCGUAUCGUUGUGGUAACGCUCAACAUCUCGAUGGAGCUCGCCUCACUAGACCUGCCGAAAGGUCACUUCACGCACAUCUUUCUCGACGAAGCCGCCCAAGCGAUGGAGUGCGAAGCGAUCAUGCCCCUAGCACUCGCGGGCGAAAAUACCCGCAUCGUACUGGCCGGUGAUCAUAUGCAAAUGUCCCCGGAGCUGUUUUCGAACUUUGCCAAGGAGCGCAAACUGCACGUAUCGUUGCUGGAGCGUCUGUACGAUCACUAUCCGAACGAUUUCCCGUGCAAGAUAUUGCUGUGUGAAAACUAUCGUGCACACGAUGCGAUCAUCCGCUUCACGUCGGAAUUGUUCUACGAGCAGAAGCUGAUUGCGUCCGGCAAGCAACCGCGCCAUGAAAAGUUCUACCCGCUAACGUUCUUCACGACGCGCGGUGAGGAUGUGCAGGACAAAAAUUCGACCGCAUUCUACAACAACUCGGAGGUGUACGAGGUGGUCGAGCGGGUGUGUGAACUGCGCAAGAAGUGGCCCAGUGCGUGGGGCAAGAUUAAUGAUCAGAGCAUCGGCAUUAUGACACCGUACGCAGAUCAGGUGUUCCGUAUUCGGUCGGAGCUGCGCAAACGGCGCAUGGGUGGCAUCAGUGUGGAACGGGUGGCAAACGUCCAGGGUAAACAGUUUCGGGCGAUCUUUCUCUCGACGGUACGUACCCGUCGCACGUGUAACACGAACGCAAACGAGGGUUCAAGCACUUCGGAGGAGGUAGAUUAUGGGUUCCUGAGUAACUCGAAGCUGCUCAAUACGGCAAUUACGAGGGCACAAAGUUUGGUAGCGGUCGUUGGUGACCCGGUAGCGCUGUGCUCGAUCGGCCGAUGUCGUAAGGUUUGGGAGCGUUUCAUUGAGAUUUGCUAUCAGAAUAAAAGUCUGUUCGGUAUUACCUGGUCGCUGUUGCGUUCGCAGCUCGAUGGGGUAGAGCUGAAGAAGACUUACGUGCUGAAUCCACUCGCACCUGAAUUUAUUCCGAGGGCUUUGCAAGGGGAAGCAUAUCUGCGUGAUCAGGCCGCUAGUAUUGGAGGGUUGGCGUUGUCUGCGUCGGGCCAGUUUCAUCCGCAUGCAGCGGGCGCGGGUGGUCAUCAUGGUGGACCGAUGGGAGUAUCGCAUCCAGUACAUCAUCUACCAGCCCAUCAGCAGCAGCAGCAAUCCCAGCAACAGCAGCAGCAACAACAACAGCACCCACAGCAACCCCACCAACAACAGCCACAGGGUCCAUCAGUGCAUGCGGCUCACCAUUUGCAUCAUUUGCAGUCACAUCAUCACGCUGCUGCACCGCAACAACAACCUGGUGCCGGUUCAGCAUUUCAUCAUGGGAAUGUAGCGGGAACAGCAGGCAAUUUUCCUCUCGGAGCUGUUACCGGUGGGACAGCAGCUGGCGGGAUUGCCGGUAUACCGAGUGCUGCUGCUGCAGCAGCCGCUCUGAUGCGAAACCAGCUGGCGAUCACACCCUUCAUAGGUCCAACGUCAGCAGUUCAGGGUCCCGUAUCGCAAUCGUCAAUAUUGCAGCAACACAUCCAAUCGCAACAACCCUCACAACAACAACAGCCACCCCAGCAACAACCCCAACAGCAACAGUUCCCUUACCAGAAUCAGCUCUAUUUCUAUCAGCAGCAGCAGCAACAGCAGCAGCAACAAUCCUCCCAACAGCAAACACUGCGCGCCGGUGGUCCAUCCCUGGUUCCACCACAUCCGGCGGCCCUUGGAGGACCACCGAUACCACCGAACAUGGCUCCACCGCCGAACCAGAACGCUCCGAAUCUGUGGGGUACGGGGGCCGGAAGCUCCUUCCCGAUGGUAUCAUCCCCGGGGGGCCGUAACACUCCGCCCGGUUGGCGGUUGGCGCAAAAGAAUGUUCCACCCGCGAUAAGGCCACAGCUGGCGGCUGCAGUAGCAGCAGCAGCAGCAGCCGCAGCCGCUGCCGGUCAACCCGUAGCACACCCACUCGGCAUGGGAUUGCCCGGAGGGCCGACUCGGCCUGGAGGCCCACCGCCCCUAAUUGCACCACCGAUGCGUAGUCCGACGGCACCGCCUUGUCCACCGCUGGGACCGCUGUCAUACUUUCAGCAGCAGCAGCAACAACAGCAAGCUAACAAAGGUCCUGCUGGUGGUAACGUCGGAAACGCCGCCACCCUCAUGCAAACGCAGGCUCAGCAACAGCAGCAGCAAGCUGGCGGUGCAUUUGGACUCUACCAUCAGGCGCCACAUCUUGGCGCUGGGCCACUACAGCAAGGACCGCUCGUUGCACAGCCGAACCAUCACAUCCGGCCAAUGCUAACGGGAGGUCCGAUAAGUCCGAGCAGUUUUCAGCAGCAGACUCAGAUUGUACCGAACUCCCAAUCGCAGGGACACUUUGCGCAGACCGGCGAUCUGUACAUGACGAGCAUCCAGAGCGAUCUGAUGGCCAUGUCAAACCGGAUGCCGCACAUGUCGGUAGCAGCGGCAGCAGCAGCUGCUGCUGCAGCGGUUGCUGCUGGACAAAAACUUGGCUCGGGUGGCCCCAGUGGUGGAGGGGCGUUAGCGGCAACGAUGGGACAUCGGACUGCGGGCGGUACCGAUCAGUACGCGCUGGAAAAAGCGUCCGAUUUUCAUUUUCUUCAAAACGUUCACUUUCCGGAGUUGCGGAACUCUUCCGCUAAUCAUCAGCAGCAGCAACAGCAACAACAGCUGACCGUUGGAAUGCAGCAUCUGCCGGCAGUUUCUUCAUCAGCGCAUUUACUGCAGCAACAGCAUCAGCUAGGAUCGGUGUCACAGCAACAUCACGUUCCAGCCGAUUUCAACCAUCUGCUCCCAGCGGGAAUGAGCUUCCACGAGAUGGCACAGCAGACGAAAGAGUUCCAGUACUACUGGUUCACGAAGCUGAUGGAAACGAAGGGGCUCGAUGCGGCCAACAAGUUUACGGACAUAUUGCGCCAGGUGCCGACGACGGGUGGCAAUUCGAUGAAACCGGCCGCCGCAGGAGGUUUGCCACCAACUAGCAACCAUCAGCCACCGCAGCCGGGCGUAAAACUACCCGGUAAUGGGCCACUUUCCUCCCAGGCCGAUCUGUUUCUCGAUAACAUACUGAACCCGAUGCGUGAUCCGUUGCACGUCGGAAAUCUUGUGCAGGGAAAUGUGCUGGUGAAUGGGGUAGGUGGUGCGGGAUCGUCUAAUAAUGCUGGCAGCAGUAAUAGCAACAACAACAACAGCAACCAUCCCGGUGCGAGCGGUAAAGGUGGUGGAAUUCUCGAAUCGGUUGAUCUGUUCGCUAGUCUGUCCUCUACGUUGGCGCCCGAAAUUCCGUCCCUUGGUGGGCAAGCGCAGCAGAAUCAGCCACAGCAACAAUCGGUACCGCUUUACCGCCGUCAGGCGGGCCAGAACUAUCAAAGUGGUAGUAGCGCUGGAGUUGCCGGUAGUACCAGUAGUGGUGGAGGUGUCGGUGGUACAGCUUCCUCCUCAUCGAAUGCACAAUCGAUCGAAUCAUCCACACCGGAUCUGCUCGAUUCCGUGCAGCUGCAUCAGCAGCAUCAGCAACAGCAGCAGCAACAUUUUGGCAUGCAGCAAACGCUGCUCGAUUUGCUUGAACCAAAAAUGAAUUCGCAACAGAAUUAUCUUUUCGGAGCAGCAAACGGUGGUGGGAAUCAGUUCGCCGGUAACUCGUUGCUGGAUCAGCAGCACCAACAUCAGCAGCAACAGAAUGGAGGAUACCCUGGGAAUGGUGGAUACAGCUCCAUACAGAACAUUGCAGCUGGUUUGUUGCAACAGCAGCAGCAGCAGCAACAACAACAGAUGCAACAUCAGCAGCAAGGACUUGGUGGGCGAGACUUUAUGCCACACCUAACUUCCCAUGCAGGGCCGCAAGUGGUGCAGACCGGUAUGAUACAAUCUCAGCCGCAUCUGCACGACGAACAUCUACUGUCACAGCGGUCUGGAGGUGUUGGUGGAUCAGCAGUCGGGCCGGGUGGGAUGCCACCAUCAUCUUCUGCGGCUCAUGCAACGUACGCAAGCGUACUGAGCCAGGGCCAACAGCAGCAGCAGCAGCAGCAUCAUCAACAUCAACACCAUCACGGUAAUAAUGCUAAUCAGCAUCAGGUACAACAGCAUCAUCAUUAUGCCGCUCAGCAGCAGCAACAACAACAGCACGCUGCAUUGGAUGGUCUGAAGCAGCUCGGUAAGAUCGACCUUUCCGAUGGUGGCCUGGUGGAUGGAGGCUCGAACAAUGGCAACAGCAGCAACAACGCAGUCAGCAAUGACCCGUUCGCACCGCUGCGCAAUCUCGGUGGCAAGAGCAAUGGGUUGUAUAAUUAUUUUCUUUAAAAUGUUUUAAUUAUGAA